UUGCCUCCUUUGGAUGGCAUUCCCUCUCCAUGACUCUCUUCCAGCUCACUCUCUCUGCAGCCUCCUCCUCUCACUCUCCACCGCCGGCGAUCUUCCUCGAGGCCAACAACUCCAUGCCCACCUUCUCAAAUCCGGCCACACCCCCUCCUCCUCCCCUUCCUCUCCUAUCUUCCUCCUCUCCACCCACCUCAUCACCCUCUACUCCCGCUGCUUCCUCCCUCUCCUCUCCCUUCGCGCUUUCCUCGACCUCCCUUCUCCAUCUCCCUCCUCCUGGUCCGCCCUCAUCUCCUCCCUCUCCCGAAACUCCCUCCCCUCCCUCGCCCUCCUCUCCUUUCGCCGAAUGCUCGCCGCCGGCCUCCCCCCUUGCGACCGCACCCUCCCAUCAGCCGCGAAGUCCCUCGCCGCCAUCUCCGAACCCUCGGCCUCCGCCGCUCUCCAUUCUCUGGCGCUGAAGUAUUCCCUUUCUCCUCACAAUGUCUUCGCCGCAUCCUCUCUGCUGGACAUGUAUGCGAAAUGUGGACGCUUGGCGGAUGCCCGCCAACUGUUCGACGAGAUUCCUCAACGAAAUGUUGUUUCCUGGUCCGCACUUAUUUACGGGUACGCCCAGUUCGCCGGACUUGAACACGAAGCUCUUCACCUCUUCCGGGCUGCUCUUCAGCCCGGCGGCUGCGGCGUCAACGAUUUCACGCUCUCAUGUAUCGUCCGCGUGUGUGCUGCAGCCACUCUCCUCGAGCUUGGCUCCCAGGUACACUCACUGUGUUUCAAAACCGCUUAUGAUGCCUCCCCUUUCGUCGGCAGCUCGCUUGUUUCGCUCUACUCAAAAUGUGGCCUUGUGGAAAACGCCUACCAGGUUUUUGACGAAAUUCCGGAGAGAAACCUCGGCUCAUGGAAUGCAGUGCUUAUGGCCUCCGCGCAACAUGGCCACAGCAGCCUCGCAUUCAGUCGUUUCAGAGAAAUGCAGCAACUUUGUCCCCAUCCACCCAACUUCAUCACCUUCCUUUGCCUCCUCACAGUCUGCAGCCACGCCGGUCUUGUUUCUGAUGGUCGCCACUACUUUGCCUUGAUGUCCAAGUACACCAUCCAACCAACUUCCGAGCACUAUGCUGCAAUGGUCGACAUUCUUGCUCGUGCCGGCAAGCUCAAGGAAGCCAUUGCCACCAUCGAAUCCAUGCCCAUGCCUCCAACGGAAUCCAUUUGGGGCGCGCUCCUCACUGGUUGCCGACUUCAUGGUGACAUGGAGACUGCAGCGUAUGCCGCGGACAAGGUGUUCAAUCUUGGUUCUGAGGGGUCCGGUGCACAUAUGUUGUUGGUGAAUGCCUACGCGACUGCUGGCCGCUAUGUAGAGGCAGCACAGGCUCGAAAAGCGAUGAGGGAUAGAGGCGUGAGGAAGGAGACGGGGCUGAGCUGGUUGGAGCUCGAUCAAGGAAAAGUUCACACCUUUGUUUCUGGCGACCGAUCACACCCGAGGAUGGAGGAGAUAUAUAGGGUGUUGGAAGAGGUGGGUGAGAAGAUGGAAGCAAUGGGGUAUGUGGCGGACACGAGCUGGGUUGGAAGGGAUGUUGAUGGCGAGGAGAAGAAGAGAAGUGUUGGUUAUCACAGCGAGAGGUUGGCGAUUGGUCUUGGAUUGCUUGCGGUGGCUCCGCCACGACCCAUAAGGGUGAUGAAGAAUCUGAGGGUUUGUGGGGAUUGCCAUAAUGCUAUCAAGUAUUUGACAAAAUGUACUGGUAGGACUAUCGUGUUGAGGGAUAAUCGUCGGUUUCAUCGGUUCGAGGAUGGGGUUUGUUCUUGUGGGGACUAUUGGUGAUCUAUCUUGUUGAAGGCCGAUGUUUGAAUUCAAUUAGGUUUAUAGAAUUGCAAUCAUGUGAUUGCUGAAGAAUACUAACAGAGUAUAGAGAUGGACAGGGGAAGAAGAGAGCUAAAGAGAAAAAGAGGAGAAAUGUAAGAGAGAUUGAGAAGGCUAAGUAGCCAUUUGAUCUUCUUUUUUAGUCAGCUUAAACAUGAAAAUUGAUGUAAAAGAUUGGCCUUUUAUUCCUCGGCAAGGGCUUCUAUUUGCAGGCUCUGUUAUGGUCAUCACUGAAUCUUCCUUUGUUGGGAUCCUGCAAGAAAGAACUUUCA